AUGGCGGGUGUGCAAGAGCAUGAGCAAAAUAAAAAAGGAAGCUUGGCUACAGCUGCAACCACUCGAUACCCAAAUUACUUGGCAGACCGUGAACUAUGCAAGCGUUUCUUUGAAGAGUUUCGUGAUACUUCUGGUGCUCUAAAAUAUAUAGAGAUGGCUGCUCAAAUUUCUCGUAGGGAAUUGGGAAUUUUUACAGUUUUUUUGGAUGAUGUCGCUAAUUACGGACAACUUUAUCUUGCACAGCGAAUACAGAUGAAUGUAAUGGGAUAUUGCGAGGAAAUGUAUCGUGUUAUUGAUGAACUUAUUCCCCAUAAUGAGGUAGUAGAAGAUAUGAUUGAUUACCUUGUACUUGAGGCGAGAAGUGCUGGACAAUCGUUACCAUCUUUGCUAACCAGAAGAUAUGAGCUUGUUGUUGUACCAUUAAGUGGUUUUGCUGAUCCUAUUCCACUUCGACAACUAAGAGGAGGUUCAAUUGGUACUCUUACCAUAUUACGUGGUAUUUGCAUCGCUGCUACUGCCGUUCGUCCCAAAUUAUCUAUGUUAGUUUCGGUUUGUGAAGUUUGUGCUGAAACUACAUUUCAGCAAGUUAUUGGAGAUAGACUUACUCCACUAAUGGUUUGUCAAUCACAGCGUUGUAAGCUAAAUAACACGGUAGGGCGUUUGCUUCCUCAGUAUAAAGCCAGUAAAUUUAUAAAGUAUCAGGAACUUAGGCUUCAAGAGCUUCCUCAGGAUGUUCCUCGUGGUGCUAUCCCACGAACAAUUCGAGUUGUUUGUGAAGGUGAACAGACUAGGAUUGCUACACCAGGACAAGUUGUGAAGGUCACUGGAACCUAUUGUCCUGACCCUUCUACUGGUCAGGGACAUGAAGCAUUUAGAGCUUCCACUAUGGUAAAAACUUUAUUUCGCGCAUUACUUAUUGAAUUGGAAAAACGGAGCUAUCAGGAGGCAGCAGAGGAUCUAAAAGCACAAUUAGAAAGUGUACGGGAGUAUCCAGAUAAGGAAGCUAUUAUAGAGAAAUUAACUCGUAGUGUAGCACCUGAAAUUUGGGGUAUGGAGGAUGUGAAGAGGGCAUUAUUAUGCUUACUAGUUGGAGGAAGUUCUAUAGCUAAUGGAAUUCGUAUUCGAAGUGACAUAAAUAUUUGUCUUAUGGGGGAUCCUGGAGUAGCAAAAAGUCAAUUGUUAAAAUGGAUUGCUUCUGUAGCUCCACGUUCUGUAUUUACAACUGGAAAAGGAAGUUCUGGUGUUGGUUUAACAGCAGCUGUAACGAGAGAUCCGCAUACAGGAGAAGUAAUGCUGGAAGGUGGAGCAUUGGUUUUAUCUGACAGAGGAAUUUGCUGCAUUGAUGAGUUUGACAAAAUGGAUGAUACUGAUAGGACAGCACUACAUGAAGUGAUGGAACAACAAUUGGUUUCUAUUGCUAAAGCUGGUAUUAUUACUUCACUAAAUGCUCGUACAUCAAUUUUAGCCGCUUCUAAUCCCAAAUAUGGAAGAUGGAGACGCAAUUUAACUCCAAGCGAGAAUGUAAAUUUACCACCUGCAUUACUUUCUCGUUUUGAUAUUUUAUGGCUUUUACUUGAUGAUUCAAAUCGAGAAAGGGAUACAGAGUUAUCUAUGCAUGUUACCCACGUUCAUUUACAUGGUGUAGCCCCAGGGGCAAUAUCUGAUAAUGGACUCCACGGUUCUUCAUCAGAGUACUUUGGAAAAGAUUUUUUGCGUGCGUAUAUUGGUGAAAUAAAACAAAUUCAUCCCAUUGUAGAUAGCGCUGCUGCAAAAGUUAUUAGUGAUAUUUACUGCGAAAUGCGAGCACAAAGUGUACGCCAUACUAAUGUGGUUACUGCACGUACACUACUUAGUAUUAUUCGUCUUUCUCAGGCUUGCGCUCGCCUUCGUUUUUCGGACCGAGUUCUUGAAGCUGAUGUUCGUGAAGCUGGUCGGUUGCUAGAUUGUAGUAAAAUUUCCCUUCAUGAACGAGUUGAUCCUAAUGGUCGUCGCAGUGUUACAACUUCAGACGCUGCAAUUUUUUCAACAAUAAAAGAUUUAGCUCGUGCAAGGACUACCAUAGAUUUAGCUGAAGUGCGUCCAGCUCUUAUGAUCAAGGGAGUUGAUGAGUCUCAGCUUCAACGAUGUUUGCGUACCUACACGGAUGUUGGUGUGUGGGAGGUUAACGGAAACAUUAUUGAAUUUUCACUCGAGUAA